AUGGUCUAUCCUUUCCAUUUCAAUUUCUUCAAGCUGGCGUCGGGACUUCCUCUCAUGGCUGGUGGCGGAAGCAACAAGAGAUCCCUCAUAAAAGAGCGUGUCAUGCUGAUUGGGUUCCUCUUAUGCGUGGGGGUCAUCCCAUGCUGCCUCUGCCUAGACAGUGGAGGUGGCUCCAAGGUGGGGGGCAGCUGCAUAGAGAGUGAAAGGAGAGCUCUCCUUGCCAUCAAAGCAGCUAUCUAUGAUCCUGGUGAGUGGCUCUCUUCUUGGACGGGCCAAGACUGUUGCCGAUGGAGGGGUGUCGGCUGUGACAACACCAGCGGCCAUGUGGUAAAGCUCAACCUCAGAUACCCGUAUGAUUUUUAUGAAGUACAGGUUUACGGAGUUGGAAAAUUCCCUCAACCAAGUAAGGUACAUCCUUCUAUAUCUAGCUUGAUAUAUUUGAGGUAUCUGGAUUUGAGCAUGAACAACUUUUCUGGAGCACCCAUCCCUGAAUUCAUUGGUUCUCUCGUGCACUUGGAGUACCUUGACCUCUCCAAGGCUUGGUUCAGCGGACCCAUCCCUGGCCAGAUUGGAAAUCUCUCAAGCUUGCGCUAUCUAGAUCUUCGGGGUGGGUACCCUUUUCUUGACAAAUGGAGUGGGUUGACUGAAUAUUAUCCAAUAGCUCUACGUGUUAAUGGCCUUCAAUGGCUCUCCGGAAUCCCCUCUCUGCAGUACCUUGACUUGAGUUUUGCUAACCUCUCCAUGGCAUCAAAUUGGCUUCAUGAAAUCAAUAUGCACCCUUCUCUGUUGGCCUUGAAAUUACUUGAUACGGGACUUCCUGGUAUUCCUUCUACUCUACAACAUGUAAACUUCACUUCUCUCACCAUAUUCGAUCUCUCUGACAAUGAUUUUCAAUCUGCUUUCCCCCGCUGGCUGCUUAAUAUUAGCAGCCUUGUUCACCUCGAUCUUUCAAAUUGUAGAUUUCAUGGCAGGUUGCCAAUUAUUUUAGAUAUGUUGGGGAAUCAUAGCCAACUGACGCACUUAGCAUUGGGUGGAAAUCAAAUUAGUGGUGAAAUGCCAGAAACCAUUGGGAACUUUGCCCACUUGCAGGUUUUAGGUUUAUCGGAUAACAAUAUUGCCGGACAAAUACCAAAAAAUAUAUCGAUGCUCUGCAACUUGCAGGACUUGGACUUAUCAAUUAACAGUAUUGGAGGAGAGAUCAUAAGUCUCAUAGAAGGAUUUUCUAAAUGCAUCAAUAAUAAAUUAGAUGGGAGAAGCUUUUUGCAGAGCUUAGAAUUUCUUGACUUGUCUUACAAUGCUUUCGGUGGGGCAGUUCCAGAAAGUUUGGGCCAGUUAUCUGCACUCAUGAUUUUGGAUCUCUCCUCGAACACCUUCACAGGAUACUUGACUGAAGUGCACUUUUCCAACCUCACAGGAUUAGAUUAUUUGGAUCUGUCUUACAACUCUCUGAAAAGUGAACCUAAGUGA